AUGCAACAAUUUCACCUUACCGCCACUGGUUACAACCUCAACUAUCUCCCGGAAUACAUUGCUCGUCGACAUGGCUUCUUCAAAGAACAGGGACUGGACGUAACAGUCAACAUUCCCGUUCCAUGGGACGGUGUGCUCGACGAACUUGCCAACGGUUCUGCCAUAAUGUGCCUUGGGGGAAUUUGGGUGCCAUCGAUGUACCGCAAAAGGGUACAAAACUACACCGUAUUCGGGCAGAUUGCAAACCGGUCGCCUCUUGCCUUGAUCCGACGUACCGAAGAUAAGGACUUCAAGCUCGAAGACGUGGCGGGGCGAACUGUCCUGAUGAAGUCCGGUGGCGGGGCCAGUGUUGGCCUCUUCUUCAAGAUGCUUCUUCGCGAGAACGGCAUCGAUGCGAGAUCUGUUGACUACAUACAAGAUCUCGACGGUGUAAUGCUGGGUGACUUAUUCCAAGGCGGCAUGGGCGAUUAUUUUGUCACUGAUAAUCUUUCUGCUCAGGCAAUAGUCGCACGUAACCCCGAUGUGACUAUUGCAAUGCAGAUGGUCACGCAAGGUGACAUCCCCUGGAGCGUUUACUAUCGGGAAACUGCCACAAUUACUACUGAAAUCCUCGAUUCUCAAAAGCGAUUCUGCAUCGCCCUUCAGAAAGGCAUAGACUGGGUCCUCCAGCACGAGGCAGAAUCUUUCCAGAACGAACUCGCCGAGCUUUUCCCAAAUGUUCCAAUCGACGUCGUGGUGAAAGUCACGAACUCCUUCCGUCAAAGUGGCAUGUGGACGACCACUUCUGUACCUCGCGAGGGUUACAAACGCUGGCAGCUCGGACUGUGCGAUGCGCGCCUCAUCACAGAACCAAUCCCGUAUGAGGACCUUGUCGACGACGCGCCCUCAGCCGCUGCCCAGGCUGUGACAAAAUCCUGA